UGUCCAUCCUCGCCCCGUCAGGGAGAAACACCGCCCAGCAGAGCCUCACUAAUACCCCGACUCAUCGCCAACACCCUAGUGCAGAGCCUGUCUUUGCCUUGUCUCUGUGGAGUCGAUUUCAGGCUCAUCAACUGCAGCCAUGAGCAGCGAGCAAGAGCAUCAGGUGCAGUCGUGGGGGUUUGGGCACGUCUUCACCUGGACGGACGCUCCCAACGCCCACUACCCGCCACACUCGCACGCCACGUUAACGACCCAUCUCAUCGUCGAUGGUGAGAUGACCCUGUGGUAUCCACGUGAGAAGGACAACGAGAAGACAACUUUUCAGGUUGGAGCACGGGUGGAUGUCGACGCUGGGAGAGUGCACGAGGUCAUCAUUGGAAGCCGAGGGUGUACUUAUGUGAUUGGGGAGUAAUUGCAGUAGUUAAGUUUAAUGAGGCGAUGACCUUAUUGUAUAAUUGAAACAUUAUUUCUAGAGG